CAUUAUUUUGACCACAAUGCCUCACAUAUAUUCCAGAGUCAGAACAACAAAGACUGAUGCUGGGAUUGGACUAUCGCAUACUUUGACAUUUUGAGCCUGGAAUUCAAGAUAUACGAUUUUCUGCUAAUAACUUUUUUUUUGUGUUCCAGGAGGACUGAGAGAGAUGAGACAAGAUGCUUCGGACCUUGUACAGUGCCUUCUCAACCUCCAUAGUUUUUUUUCUGCUGGCUGUCAAGACACUAUCUGCAGCUUCACCCAAAGGGAUAAGAAUAUCUCAAAUAGAGAUCCCUUGUUUUGGCAAUUGUUCUUGCUUCAGCAAUUCCAUAGGAUUUCUUGUUACUGCAGACUGUUCUAAUAAAGGAUGGACUUCUAUCCCAAAGGAUUUGCCUGAAACGCUGACAUUUCUUGACCUAUCCCACAAUAAUUUGUCGUCACUGAGGGUCUGUGACUUCGAGAAGGUUUCAAGUCUUUCUGUACUUAACAUUUCUCAUAAUGUUAUCAGGUCUUUGUUUAGUGGAGGUGAAUCAUUUGUGGAUAGCCUCAGAAAUCUGAAGGAACUGCAUCUUCAUCAUAACAACUUGUCCCGAAUAAGCAAUGAUUCUUUUGCUUCCAUAUCAACAUUGGAAGUGUUGGAUCUGUCUUUUAAUAGCAUAUCUACUCUGGAGCCAAAUGCUUUUAAAGGACUCUUUUCAUUGCUUUCAUUAGACCUCAGUAACAAUUCGCUGACUCUGUCCAAUCACAUUUUCCCAGAGCAAGUAUUUGAGGACCUCUCUAACCUGAUAAAUUUGAACCUAAAAAGAAAUUUAUAUUUCCCACCCAGAAGUGAAUUUGAUACAGUGGGGAGUCAUUCUACACGGACUACAUUUUUUAAUGACAGAACUUCUUUUGAUUCGUCAGUUGCACUUCAAGGAAGUAUUGAAUGUCGGAAUGUUAAAUGUGACUAUCCAGAUCAAGCCUUGUCUAAACUUGUCUCACUGGAGGUCCUAAGAAUUGAUGGAUUGAAGAGCCAAUAUAUAAUGGGUGUUGGAUUUCAAAAGUUAACCAGACUGCAGGUUCUUGACUUUGGAAAUGAAGGGUGUAUUUGCUAUUUGGACAGAAUACCAGAAUUAUUUUUCUCAAAUAUCACGUCGAAGGAACCUCUGCAGGUGUCUUUCACAGCGUGCAAAAUAGUGAGUGUUCACCCAGAGGCUUUCUCUUAUCUGCCCUCGCUCUCUUAUCUCAGCUUUAGAGGCACAGGAAACCUUCAAUUUGAUCAGUUCAAGAUAGCAUCCCAAAGUUUGUGGAAAACUCAAAUUAAGACUCUCGAUCUUACAUAUAUUCACAGAGUAAGCUUUGUCACCCUGGUGCCUGAUUACUUUAUUCAUCUGAGGAACACAAGUAUUGAAACUCUAAUAAUUGAUCACAAUGUUAUUUUACAAGUGGACACCCGAGUUCCUGUUCUUUUUCCAAAAUCAAUUAAGACUUUUUCUUUGGCUAAAAAUAAGAUUAUUGUUGCUGAUUUUCUUGAAAGUCUAUUUUUUAUGAAAAAUUUGGAGGUUUUUAACAUUAAUACCCAGAACAAAUACAGCUUGGAGGAAGUACCCCGGUUUUCAGACAGUGAGCAAUCAGAAGAAGAGAGUAUCUCAGAGAUUCUCAGUGGGAACAGAACAAUGUUUAAACAACUUGAGGUCACGGAUAUUCUUAACCAUGACGAAACAAGUGAAGGAAAAUACCAGAAAUCUGCCACUGUAGAAGAGAUUGUAUUACUUCAAAAACAGUUUUGUCCCUCGUACAGGACAAAUUUCCCAUCAAAUUAUCAAUAUCGUCAUCGAAGACUGUACAGAGAAUUGCCGCAAGCGGAUUUGUGCCUCUCAGAGAACAGCAGCCAGUCUGAAUGCUCAUCUAGCCAUAUCAAAUUUGAGAAGACGUUUUCACCACACAUCCCCUUCCCGAGAAAGUUACGGGAGUUGUAUGGAAAAGAACUGAAACUUGGUUAUGCAGUGCCUCCUCUCAAAAUUCUUACCAAUGUUCUUAAGGUAUUGGAUUUAUCGAGCAACUACCUUUACUGUAUGGAAGGGCCUUUUGCUGGCUUUCAUGUUUUAGAAGAGAUAGAUCUAUCUAACAAUUAUUGUAUUGCCCUCAGUCCUUACUUCUUCAAUGAUAUGCCAGCGUUGAAGAUACUUCACAUGGCUUACAAUGGUGUUGGAUUUUCUUUGGAGCAGGACUGGAGUGGACGCACUUUUGCAAACCUCACCCAGCUUGAGUACCUUGAUCUGUCUAACAAUGACAUCCACUCGCUGAGCCACACUUUGUUUACCAGCAACUCUUUUCUCCAAACAGCUAUACUGAAAGACAAUGCUUUACAUUUGUUUGAACCUUCGAUAAACCACUUAGCAAAUUUGUCACUUUUGGAUCUUAGCAAGAAUGAUCUGCGAUCUCUUUCGUACCAAAACAUGAGGGACAUUGAUGAGAUAUUGGAAACAUCGCUCUUGUUUGUGGACCUCAGUGAGAAUCCAAUACAGUGUGAUUGCACUUCUUUACAGUUUCUUUUUUGGUACAAAAGGAGAUUCACAGUCUUCACCGGACAUGGGAAAUAUCAAUGCAGGUAUGAAAUCAAUGGAUCAUCAAUUUACUUAGAUGAUAUAGACAAGUUCUACUGGACACUUUGGAGGUAUUGCUAUGGCUGGGAAUUUUUUUUUUUUACUUUAGUUCUCUUCUGCCUGGUGCUCAUUGUAUGGAUCAGCUAUGGGAUCGUAUAUUUCUAUCGCUACCGGCUCUACUUCUACCUGUACAUUUCCAAGUCCCGCUACUAUUGCAACUUCGAUGACCCGGAGCAUCAUGGCAUCAAGGACGUCUUUCUUGUAUAUGAUGACCAGGACCCAGUAUGGCGCCGGUUUGUGCAGCUGGUUCUGUUACCUGCCUUGACCGACCGGGGGGUGUCUUGUUACAUCAGCGAAGUGGACGGGGCACAGCCAGAGGCAGGACGACCCUCUAGACAGGUGAUCGAAGAGUCUGUCCUUAGCGGAAAGAAGACGCUUGUUCUACUGUCUAGGGAGCUCUUCUACUGGGGAGAAAAUUAUUACAACGAGGAGAAGGAGACGGAAGUGAACAUGGCGAAAGUGUGUGAGGAAGUGAGGCGUGACAGGGUGCUCCUGUUUCUGAGUGUAGAAGAGGUGCCAGACGAGUGCGUACCCCCUCACAUCAGACAGUACCUGGAUGUGCGCCCGCCCAUCAGGUAUCGGCCAGACAGCCCGGCUUUCUGGGAUUACCUGGCGGCGAAAAUAAAGGCCUAAUCCACGGACGGAUCAACAGGUGGAUGCUGCGAUCAGGUUCAAAGAUCUAAUUCCAGCCUGGCCGUUGGAUUUUCUGUGUGUGUGUGUGUGA